CAGCCCCCUCCCCUCCCAUCCCCUCGCCCGCGGUCGCUCCUCCCCACGUGGCCAGCCUCGGCGCCCCGCUCCGAUCCGAUCUGCCCGCCCGCCUUCGCUCGGCAGAUUAACAUAUUCAAGUCAAGAUGGUUAGGUUUGGGAAAAAGUUGAUGGCCGACCAAGUUCCAGAGUGGAGAGGUUACUAUAUAAACUACAAGCUGAUGAAGAAGAAAGUAAAACAAUAUGGGCAGCAGCUCCAACAGGGAGAGAAAGAUCGUCGCCGGGUUCUCAAGGAUUUCUCGAAGAUGCUUGAUGAUCAGAUUGAGACGAUUGUCUUGUUUCUGUUGGAGCAACAAGGAAGGCUGGCAAGCAGGAUAGAAAAGCUAGGAAAGCAAAGGGCUAUACUAGUUGAACAGCCAGAUAUAUCUGCCAUUGCUGAGUUGCGAGAAGCUUAUAGAGAAGUUGGUCUGGAUCUUAUCAAACUUCUCAAAUUCGUUGAUCUGAAUGCAACUGGCAUUAGGAAAAUCUUGAAGAAGUUUGAUAAGCGCUUCAGUUACAGAUUUACUGAUUACUACGUGUCAAGUAGAUCAAAUCACCCUUAUUCUCAGCUACAGCAGGUCUUCAAGCAUGUGGGUGUAGGAGCUGUUGUAGGAGCCUUGUCACGUAACCUUGCUGACCUUCAGGAGCGUCAAGGAAGUUAUUUGUCUAUUUAUGACCAACCAUCUUCUGCUCUUAAGGACCCAAUCAUUGAUAUGAUAAAUUCAUCAGUGGAUAAACUGACACGAUCAACUAAUUUUCUACGGUUUUUGGGGCAACAUGCCCUAAUUGCGCAAGAGGAGUCUCCUAGUACGGCAGGAGAGGAAGAAAUAGAAGAUCAAAAAUACCAUUUCGUGUCCCUUAUGCUGAAUUUGGUGAACACGUUCCUUUACAUGGUCAACACAUACAUCAUUGUGCCAACUGCAGAUGACUACUCAGUGAGCCUUGGGGCUGCUUCGACUGUUUGUGGUGUUGUUAUUGGUUCAAUGGCCAUUGCACAAGUAUUUUCUUCAGUGUACUUCAGUGCAUGGUCCAACAAGUCAUAUUUUAAACCACUUGUUUUCAGCAGUAUUGUUCUUUUCUUGGGUAAUGUCUGCUAUGCAAUGGCUUACGACACGAAGUCCCUGACAGUCCUUAUUGUUGGCCGCCUACUCUGUGGGUUGGGUUCUGCAAGAGCUGUCAAUCGACGGUACAUUAGUGAUUGUGUCCCUGCAAGGAUACGCAUGCAAGCUUCAGCAGGAUUCGUUAGUGCAAGUGCACUUGGCAUGGCUUGUGGGCCAGCGCUGGCUGGUUUACUUCAGUGGAGAUUUAAAGUCUACAUGGUUACGUUCAGUCAGUCGACUCUACCUGGUUGGUUGAUGGCAGUUGCAUGGCUACUGUACUUAGUUUGGCUAUGCAUCUCGUUCAAGGAACCAAAUCGUGCCACUGAGGCAGAUGAUACACCACAUAACCGUGCUUCUGGACAAAGUGUGGAUAUUGGGCAAGUUGAAAAUGGACUUGCACAACCAUUGCUUGGAGAUUCUGAAAGCAAACUAAACGACGACGACGAUGAUGAUGAAGAAGAUGAAAGUGAAGAAUCUGCACAAGAUUCUCGCAAGCCUGCAACUUCGAUUGGUUCAGCAUACAGAUUGCUCACUCCAUCAGUAAAGGUUCAAUUGUUGAUAUACUUCAUGCUCAAGUACGCGAUGGAGAUUUUACUUUCUGAAUCAAGUGUUAUUACAAGUCACUAUUUCAAUUGGAAUACAAGCUCAGUGGCAAUAUUUCUGGCAAUUCUUGGGUUGACAGUGCUUCCUAUUAACGCUGUUGUUGGAACAUAUAUCAGCAACAUGUUUGAGGACAGGCAACUCUUGAUGGCUUCUCAAAUUACAUUGCUAGUAGGCAUUAUUUUCAGCUUCAAAGUCACGAGCACAUACUCCGUCAUCCAGUAUGUUGUCUCAGCACUCAUUACGUUUGUUUCUGCUGAAGUCCUUGAAGGCGUCAACCUCUCACUCCUGUCGAGCGUGAUGUCGUCCCGCCUCUCCAGGGGCACGUACAACGGCGGGCUCCUCUCGACGGAGGCCGGGACCCUGGCGAGGGUGGUCGCGGACUGCACCAUCACCGCAGCGGGGUACCUGGGCAUCGGGAGCCUCCUCAACGUCACCCUGCUGCCCUCCCUGGUGAUCUGCGCCGCAUCAAUUGCAUGCACCUUCUUGACCUACAACUCCCUCUUCUAAGUGGCAACGGUUGAUCGCCACUGUACCUGUUCUCACCAUCCCUUCCAGGUUGGAAAAUUCGAUAGCUAGCUGCUGGCAGGCUUUUAUUCUGUGGUUGCCCGAAGGGACAAUCGUACAUGCCGGUCGGUUCAGUCAGUGUAGCAUAAUCAUGUACCCGAUGCAGUCUUCCGCCCUGCAAAAUUUUGAUCCGUCUCGGUCUGUGAUCAUGAGCAAAUUGAUUUUUCGGCGCUGGACCGCUGAUCAAUGUAAUCCGGUUUCCUGAACUUGAACUUUGCCUGAAAUGUGUUCCUGGGUGAGUGAUACCCGCCGCGUGGCUGUCAGGAACCACACUGCAUCUUCUGAAGAAAACAAAGAAAUUGACACAACGCCAUUGGCGCCAAA